CAUCGUUGGAAAUCCGCACAUUUUUGUCGCAUCGUUGUGUUGGUUGUGCAGGUGGCUGGAACUGGAAUCCUGAAUCAGCGGCGUAAAGUCCGAAAGCGAGUCUUUUACGCCCGCAGUACGUUCGAGCCCGUAGUCGUUUUCACACAGCUUCAGUCCGCAGCCUGUGUGAUACACCGGACCGAGAGGAAUCAGUCUUUGUCCACGACCAGCACCCGUCACAUCACUCGCCUCCCACAAUGUUCUCCGCCCUGAUGGACGCCGCGCGCAAUUCGCCCUUCAAGGCCCCCUUCAGUCGGGCCCAGUGCGAUGCCAGUGAGAAAUCGCUGGUGCCCUCGGGUGACCGUACCAUCCAGGCCGCCUCCACCAAGGAGGUCGAGUUCGGAUCCAACGAAUUCUUCGGACUGUGCGCCCUCGGAGGUAUCCUGUCGUGCGGUUUGACCCAUACCGCUGUUGUGCCGCUGGAUUUGGUCAAGUGCCGUCUGCAGGUCGAUGCCGCCAAGUACAAGAAUCUGUUCCACGGCUUCAAGGUCACCGUCGCCGAGGAGGGCGCCCGCGGUCUGGCCAAGGGAUGGGCUCCGACCUUCUUCGGAUACUCGGCACAGGGUGCCUUCAAGUUCGGUCUGUAUGAAGUGUUCAAAAUCCAGUACGCCAACAUGAUUGGCGAGGAGAAUGCCUACCUGUACCGCACCUGGGUGUACCUGGGUGCGUCCGCCUCGGCCGAGUUCUUCGCCGACAUUGCCCUGUCGCCGCUGGAAGCCGCCAAGGUCAAGAUCCAGACGACCCCCGGCUACGCCAACAACAUGCGCCAGGCUAUGCCCAAGAUGAUGGGCGAGGAGGGUAUCGCCGCCUUCUACAAGGGGCUGGUUCCGCUGUGGUGCCGUCAGAUCCCGUACACCAUGAUGAAGUUUGCCUGCUUCGAACGUACCGUCGAGCUGUUGUACAAACACGUUGUGCCGAAGCCACGUGCUGAAUGCAGCAAGGGUGAGCAGUUGGUGGUCACAUUCGCCGCCGGUUACAUUGCCGGUGUGUUCUGCGCCGUGGUGUCCCACCCGGCCGAUGUCGUCGUGUCCAAGCUGAACCAGGCCAAGGGCUCCAGUGCCAUCGAUGUGGCCAAGAAGCUCGGAUUCAUGGGCAUGUGGCACGGUCUGAUGCCCCGUAUCAUUAUGAUCGGUACGCUGACCGCCCUGCAAUGGUUCAUCUACGACGGAGUCAAGGUCGCCCUGAACAUCCCCCGCCCACCCCCACCAGAGAUGCCAGAAUCGCUGAAGAAGAAGCUCGGAGUCGAGUAAGCGAUUUAGUGUGUGCUCUAAACAAAUUGUGAUUAAGGAAUAAGUUUUAACUACGCCGUAACCAUACAGUAAAACGGGGAACCAAAACGUGUAUCGUGUGAACCGGGAGUGCGACCUUGGUAAGAUCAAACGUAAUAAAUCCAAUACGGGAAAAGUGUAUCUAAACCAGUA